AUGGAGUCUAUCAGCCAUCUUUUUACGAUUUUAGGGUGCUUUCUUGGAGUAUUGUGUCUCCACUUCAUUUAUGCCCGUCUCUCUAGUCCGCUCGCGCGGAUUCCAGGCCCGGAGAUCUCUAAAUGGACCGAUCUUGUUUACAUACGUUAUUGGUUCGCUGGGAAGGUCCCAUACUAUGUUCAUGAACUGCACGAGAAAUAUGGUCCCAUCGUUCGAACCGGCCCUAAUAGAGUCGAUAUUUGCGACGUCGAUGCGGUGAAAAAAAUACACAAAACUAACUCACGUUUCCUCAAGUCGUCUUGGUAUCGCACGCUCCUGCCAAACGGCAUGGAAAACGUCUUCUCGACCACCGAUCUGCAUUUCCAUUCUACCCGCCGCCGUCUACUAGCAUCGCCAAUCUCCGACACCUCCCUGCAUCAGCAUGAAGAUUUGAUUACAGGCCGGGUGAAAAUGGCCAUCUUGAGAAUGGCAGAGGAGACACAGACCCGUGGUGCCACCGACGUAUUUAAGUGGUGGCUGUUCAUGGCGACCGACAUUAUUGGCGAACUUAGCUUUGGCGAAUCGUUCCGGAUGCUAGAAGCUGGCGAGGCAAGUAUGAAAAAAACUCAAUACUCCUUAGAUCUAGAACGGGUCUCAACCCUCCAACCGAUUCGAACCACAUUCCCCAACCUAGUCCACUUGUGCAAAUAUCUGCCUUUACCAGUAUUCAAGCGCACCAUAGCAACCGGGAAGCGAAUGGGCGUGUAUGCAAGCCAGUCUAUCGACCGAUACAAUAAAAUGAUCACCGAAAAUCCCUCCAACCCGAAGAAGACACUAUUUACCAAGCUAUUUGACACCGAGAAGGGCGGCCUUACUCAUGAAGAGAUCAAGAAAGAGGCUCAAGGGUACAUCGUUGCAGGAAGUGAUACCACUGCGGUUACUUUGACCUACCUUACCUAUGCUGUCUGUGAAAACAGACUAAUUCGAGACAGGCUGGUCGCCGAGGUGGCAGCAUUGUCCGAGCCGAUCCAUGACAAUGACCUUCGGAAUUUGCCUUAUCUAAACAUGGUUAUCAGCGAGACCCUUCGUCUUCACACGGCUGUUCCUUUUGGUCUCCCUCGUGCUGUACCUUCGGAAGGGGCCAAUUUCAAUGGAUACUUCCUUCCGAGUGGAUCGACGGUGUCGACUCAGUCUUAUAGUCUGCACCGGGACCCUACAAUCUUCCCCGACCCAUAUACGUUCAACCCCGAGAGAUGGGAGCAUCCGACCAAGGAAAUGAAGGAUAUUUCCAUUCCAUUUGGCGGUGGAUCGCGCAUCUGUAUCGGAUUGCACCUGGCCCGUAUAGAACUUCGCUUAGGAUCAGCCAUGUUUUUCCGAGAAUUCCCAAAUGCUCAACGAUCCGACAAAGAAGGAAUGAGCGUAAAGGACAUGGAAAUGCAAUCCUUCCUCUUGAUGGCACCAAAGGGACACCGCUGUCUGAUUGAAACGAAGUGA